AUGGCGGUUGAACCUCACCUUGACGAUCUGGACACCGCCGCAGCAAACUACCAACCAUACGACAGAGCUUCCUCUUUCCAGCAGCAACUCACCAUGGACAGCUACGACCUAAGUGGUCCACUGUUCUUGGCCCAGCCAACAACCACUGGAGCAAGCACGUACCUGCAUGCUGCAGUUACCAGCCCUGGGUUGUGCAAGGAGAACAGCAGCCUACAGACUGCCGCAGGGGGUAGCCCUGAGCACCGCCGGAGCAGAUCAAACGAUGCUCUUCACUAUAUAAGCCAGAUGCUAAUGGAAGACGCUGACGAGAGGGUCGAAAUAUGCCAAGGGGAGGGUGCCCUCCAGGCUGCUGAGAAACAAUUCCGUGACCUUCUUGGGCAGGUACACCCGUUGUCUACUAACCCCCCGCUGUUGAAUAGCAACAACGAGCCAGACAGCCCUGAUAAGGGUAGGACCAGCUGUUACAAGAGGCUCUGGAGCACUAGCUUCAGUAAUGACUGUCCCAGUUACAGCAUGUUACAGCCCUUUACAACCACGUUGAGUCCAUAUAUCUGCAAUAGGAGUCUUUCUCUACAAAACCGUCCGUUCACAAGUGUUGGAUCGACUUCUAGAUCUGGUUUCCCCAGCUUGCAUUGUCAGAGAGAAGUCGAGGAGGCAACGAUGUUUGCUCCAAGUAUCGAUAAGCUGGUGAUAUAUUUAGAGAAUGGCAUACUUUCUAUUUCCAAACUGACUACAAAGGCAAAAGUAGGAGAGAGGAGCGAAAACACAAAUUUUGAGGUGGCACACCAAAAUGACUGGGAUAUCUUGGAAGGAAGGAGCAAUAAACAUCUUGCCUUCACCAGUUGUGCAAUAAUUCGAAAUGAAAAUUUCGACCAAGUUCUGCUAUGCUAUGGUCUGGAGAGUUUCAAAAAAACAACAAGACUGCGAAGAGGGUUGGCAGAGGAAGGAAACAAGAACUCACUGAAAGGCCGGAGCGAAGGACGUCAGAAGCUAUGGCAGAGGAAGCAACCUAGGACAGAGUUGGUUGAUCUCAAGACUAUCCUCAUCAAUUGUUCACAAGCUGUGGCAGAAGACAACCAUCUGUUGGCCAGUAAACUCCUAAAGAAGAUAAGACAACAUUCCUCAGCAGAUGGUGACUGUUCUCAGAGACUGGCAUUUUACUUGGCGGAUGGCCUCGAGGCACGCUUGGCUGGGACCGGGGGUCAGGUUUAUCGCAACCUAAUGGAGAGGCGAACAAGUACAACAGAUUGGUUAGAUGCUCACAGCCUUUUUAUUGCAUCCUGCCCUUUUGACAGGACAUCAUACUACUUUGCCAGCCAAGCUAUUCUUGAUGUCUCACAAGGGAAACCAAGGGUGCACAUCGUUGACUUUGGCAUCGGCUUCGGCUUUCAGUGGCCAUUAAUGAUUCAGAAGUUUGCACAGCAAGAAGAGGGAGCCCCUAAGCUUCGGAUCACAGGUAUAGAUGUUCCCCAGCCAGGUUUCCGCCCCUGCGAAAUGAUCGAGGAGACAGGGAAGCGGUUGGCUGAUUAUGCAAACAUGUUCAAGGUACCUUUUCAGUAUCAGGGCAUUGCCGCUUCAAGAUGGGAGACCAUUAAAAUUGAGGAUCUUAACAUUGACGAGGAUGAAGUUCUCAUAAUCAACUGCAUGUUCCGGAUGAAGAAUCUCGGUCAUGAAACCGAAGCCAUAAAUAGUGCAAGGGACAAGGUGCUCAAAAUUAUGAGGACGAUGAACCCAAAGAUUUUCAUUUCAGGCACUGUGAAUGGGUUACGCAGUUCGCCCUUCUUCAUAAAACGUUUCAAAGAGGUUAUGUUCCAUUACUCUUCAAUGUUUGACAUGCUUGAUGCAAACGUUGUUCCACGGGAUGAUAAAGCAAGAAAGAUGAUUGAGAGGAUGAUAUUUGGGAAGGAUGCACUUAACGUCAUAGCAUGUGAGGGUGCAGAAAGAACUGAGAGACCAGAAAGUUACAGGCAGUGGCACGCAAGGUGCCUUGAGGCCGGGUUCCAGCAGCUUCCUGUCGAUCCAGCCAUCUUAGGGAUAAUAGUAUACAUGAAGAACACGUUUUGGCAUGAGGAAUUCUUUGCUGUUGAAGACCGCGGUUGGCUGCUACAAGGAUGGAAAGGGAGAGUAAUUUAUGCAAUAUCUAAAUGGAAACCUGAUGAAACAUACGACGGUCAGUAA